AUGUUUAUUGAGAAUUUGAUUCCGUAUAAAAAGGCUUGUUUUGGGGACAUGUACAUUCCAACCGUGGAUGAUAAGGUUAAGGAACAGAUUAUGAGUGCACCAAGAGCGAGUGACCAAGGAGAAAGAAUAAUUGGAUUAUGCGGGCCAGAUAAAAGAGUCGAUCAUUCUGUAGAAACAGCUAUAGGAAUAGCUGAGAGACAUCAAUUGUUCCAAAAGAUUGUCAAAGCAACUAUGAAUCUAGCUGGAUCAACUUCCUGCAUGUGUUUUGGUAAUAACAAAAGAAUGACAACUGCACAAAGAGCUCUUCUUCUGUGUGCUAAGAUGAAAGAGCUGCAAACAGUCCUAGUUGUACGGUAUGAUUUUCAAGGUAGGCUUGAUUUAGGUGAGAUUGGUAUCCCCUUUGGUGUAGAUCAUAAUGGCUGCAAGAUAUUUCUAACAUCAACAAGUGUAGAGGUUUUAUCCGAACAAAUGAAGGUUCAUGAAUUGAUACAAUUAUCAGAGAUAUGA